AUGCAGAACUCAGAGGGCGGAUCCGAGUCGCCAGCAUCCGUGGCUCUGCGUCCGUCGGCGGCAGCCCCGGGUCCGGGGGCCCAGCCCGUGCCCGCCUCACCACAGCGGGUCUUGGCCCAGGCUUCGAGCGCCACUCCCAAAGGGACCCCGAUGCAGCCCAUCUCCCUCCCCCGAGUGCAGCAGGUGCCGCAGCAGGUGCAGCCGGUGCAGCACGUCUUCCCUGCCCAGGUGCAGUACGUGGAGGGCGGAGACACCGUCUACACCAAUGGAGCCAUACGGACAGCCUACGCCUACAACCCUGAGCCCCAGCUGUACGCCCCCAGCAGCGCUGCCUCCUACUUUGAGGCCCAGGCCGGGGCCCAGGUGACUGUGGCGGCCUCGUCCCCGCCGGCCGUCCCCACCCACAGCAUGGUGGGCAUCACCAUGGACGUCUCGGGGACCCCCAUCAUCUCCGGCACCGGUGCCUAUCUCAUCCACGGGGGGCUGGACGGCACCAGGCACCCCCUGGCCCACACGUCCAGAUCCUCACCAGCCACGCUUGAAAUGGCGAUUGAGAACCUGCAAAAAAGUGAAGGGAUUGCGUCACACAAAAGCGGUUUACUGAACAGCCAUCUCCAGUGGCUGCUGGACAACUACGAGACGGCGGAGGGCGUGAGCCUGCCCCGCAGUUCCCUCUACAACCACUACCUGCGGCACUGCCAGGAGCACAAGCUGGACCCGGUGAACGCCGCCUCCUUCGGCAAGCUGAUCCGCUCCGUGUUCAUGGGCCUGAGGACGCGGCGCCUGGGAACCAGGGGCAACUCCAAGUACCAUUACUACGGGAUCCGCCUGAAGCCGGACUCGCCGCUGAACCGGCUGCAGGAGGACCCGCAGUACACGGCCAUGAGGCAGCAGCCCCUGCACCAGAAGCCCAGGUACCGGCCAGCCCAGAAGAGUGACAGCCUCGGGGACAGCGGCUCCAACAGCAGCCUGCACAGCACGCCCGAGCAGACCAUGGCCGCGCAGCACCAGCACCACCAGCAGUACAUAGAUGUCUCCCACGUCUUCCCAGAGUUCCCUCCGCUGGACCUGAGUGGCAUGCUGCUUCAAGGUGACCUCACGCUUCGGGACAUCAAGACCCUUCAGCUGGCCUACAGGCGGCACUGUGAGGCCACGCUGGACGUUGUCAUGAAUCUGCAGUUUCACUACGUGGAGAAGCUCUGGUUCACCUUCUGGAGUUCGAAAGCCCCCUCCAGUGACAGCCCCUCCUCCAUGCCUACCAGCGAAGAGUCGGAAGGUGCCAUCAUCCCCAAGGACAAGCUCAUCUCCCUGUGCAAGUUCAACCCCAUCCUGAAGUGGAUGCGCAGCUGCGACCACAUCCUGUACCAGGCGCUGGUGGAGACACUCAUCCCGGACGUGCUGCGGCCCGUGCCCAGUACCUUGACACAGGCCAUCCGUAACUUUGCCAAGAGCUUGGAAGGCUGGUUGACAAACGCCAUGAGUGACUUUCCCCCACAGGUCAUCCAGGCCAAGGUGGGCGUGGUCAGUGCCUUUGCCCAGACCCUUCGGCGGUACACUUCUCUCAACCACCUGGCACAAGCUGCCCGCGCGGUGCUGCAGAACGCGUCCCAGAUCAACCAGAUGCUCAGUGACCUCAACCGCGUGGACUUCGCCAACGUGCAGGAGCAAGCCUCGUGGGUGUGCCAGUGCGAGGAGGGCCUGGUGCAGCAGCUGCAGCAGGACUUCAAGCUGACUCUGCAGCAACAGAGUUCCCUGGACCAGUGGGCCAGCUGGCUGGACAACGUGGUCACCCAGGUCCUCAAGCAGCACGCCGGCAGCCCCAGCUUCCCCAAGGCCGCCCGGCAGUUCCUGCUGAAGUGGUCUUUCUACAGCUCCAUGGUGAUCCGGGACCUGACCCUGCGCAGUGCCGCCAGCUUCGGCUCCUUCCACCUGAUCCGCCUGCUCUAUGACGAGUACAUGUUCUACCUGGUGGAGCACCGUGUCGCCGAGGCCACCGGGGAGACGCCCAUUGCUGUGAUGGGAGAGUUCAACGACCUGGCCUCCCUGUCACUGACGCUGCUAGACAAAGAUGACAUCGGCGAGGACCGAGGGAGCGAGCCCCAAGGGGACGCUGGCCUGGGCGAGCCCCCAGUGAAACGGGAGCGCAGCGACGCCAACCACACCCUGCAGGGCAUCUAGCACAGGCCGGGCUUCCCGGCCGGUCCCCCCUUCCCCCUGGAGCCCACAGCCCCACACCACCUACAGUGCCUCUCCAGCGACGUGGCCAGGGCUCUGAGUCGCGUCGGGGUCACGUGGUGCCUUUGGGGGACGAGGGGGGGUGCGGCUGCUCCAGGCCCCCAGCAGUGAAGAAGCCGCAACCUCUGUCCUGCUCUGCUCCGCGUGUCCUGGGCACCCAGCUCCUGACCGUCCGCGACAGACAGACCGACCCACCGGGCUCACUCCCAGCCUCCCGGCGCCCACAUCUGCAGCAACCUCCCGGUGGCCCGGGUCCCCCAAGAAGCAGACGCCCACGUGUGCCAAGGCCCAGCUGCGCCUUCAGAAACUCAAGCCCCGAGGUCUGCCCCGCAGGCCGCUGGAGGCAGCGGGCCUUUGUCCCCGGCCCGGCCCCGUGCUGUGAUCUGGAAGGCGGAGGUUUCCAGGGCCUUGCAAGUGGCCAGAGCCAGGCGGUCCGCGGCACCUCCCUGCCGGGUGCGCACCUGCAGCCCCAGCAGUCGCAGCGCCGGCUGAUGUGCCGGUACCCCACAGAACCUUCCAGAAUGCCACCUGUGCAUCCGC